GCAAUGCUCUGUAGCACUUAUUAAGGUGCAGCGUUUGUAUCAAUGGGGAAGAGACGCAACGCGUGCGGCCAAGGGCACAGCCGCAAAGCGGUUCGGGCUUUCCUCGUGGCCAUGAGCAUUUCUGUGUUAUCAGCAGCACCCUAUGAUGAAAUUCGUGUGUCUACCGGAGCGGAGCUUGUCGCGGCCCUCGCCAAGCAAACUGGGCCGUCGCGCAUCCUCCUGUCAAGCGACGUGGUCACGCUUAGCAACAGGUUGUUCACAACCUACCCAACGCCGUUGAUUGUGCGGUGGAAUGUGACCGUCGCCGGCCGGCAGGACCGAUGGCCUAUCCUGGACUUGGGCUACGUGCAGGGGCGGGCAGGGGUGCUGCUGGCAAAGGACGUGUGGUUCGGGCUUGAAGACGUGCUGCUGGUCAACUUCACCGAUGGGAGGAAUGCCGGGUCCGGUGUCCAGUUGUUUGCUCCAUUGAGGGGCGGCGGGGAGCAGGCGGUGCAGGCGCAGGUGCGGGGAGCCACUGUGGAUCCCUACUGCUUCCCGCACGCGACCACAAAGUGAGCCACGGGAGCGGGCGGGUGCACUGGAUGGGCAGGCCGGCGCGAUCUAAUGUUAUUCCAAGCAAGAAAGGUUACCUUGCUGUGACACGGGUAUGGCGCUGCUCUGGAAGAGGGAUCAAACGGCACUGGGAUUUCGACAGGGUUCACGAUGUAGUGCACACCCCAAAUCUUGGCAGCUCACGUGGGCUUGCGCGUACUACAUCGCGACUAGCGGCUGGACGGCUCGGCGUCCAGGGGAUGUGUUUGGCAUGGUCGGACACGGUCAUUGGGUCGACCACUGUAAUAGCUACCAGCG